UGGAUUCGGUCACAAAUGAAUAGUGCAUCGAAGAGUAUUAGUUGUCGUGUUUACUAGCCAGGAUAGCGUGCAAAGAAUACAGUUAUAAAACAUCAAAUAUUUGAAGUCUUAUAUCAAGAGGAAGAAUCAAAAUUUUAAUAAAGGAAGAUAAGGACUACUGCAGAUGAUAUUUACUCAACUGUUGUAAUAUUUACUAUGGGAAACACUGCUGAACCGCAACAAUUUUUUUCGCUUAAUGACAUUUCAAGACUGGAUUAGACCAAUGUAAAUUAACAAGUAAACAUCCUAGCUGACACGAUUGGACAAGUUCGCCAUUCAUUUGACUUCAAACAUCUCAAGACAUUUAUCUCUCUAAAGAAGCGGAAUGAAGAUCUUAGUGUUAUCGAUGGCUAACUGCUGGAAUAAAGCGUUCUAAUAUAGACUGGAAAGUUGAGAUGGCAAACGUGGGCUAAGGACGUCAACAACUUUUCUUCAAGACACAAUCUUUUAGAAAACUUUUGUUUAAAAAUUAAGAAAUGAGACAACUUGUCGGGAUUUAGGGAUUUCCUGAUUUAAUUUACUCCGAAAUUUGGAAAUUUUACAAGAUGAAUAACACAAUUUUUCAGGGUUCCGGAUUAAACGGAACUGAUGUAGAUGUUUUUCGUUUGUCACUUUCGGAGGGUGUGACUUCUGCCCCCAAUGUGUCUUAUGGAGACAGCGCAGGCUUAUCCAGCAUCUACGAAGCGGCGCUGAUCAUUAAUGAGUACUACCUCUGGCCUAUAUUCGCCGUGGGGUUCCCGGGAAACCUGGCUUCCAUCGUCACCAUCUUCCGCAUGCGCAGCGUCGGCUCCUUCACGCUCUACGUGGUUCUACUGGCUAUCAUGGACAACUGCGCCCUGUUGGUCAAGCUGAUCAUCUAUCAGCUCUUAAGGCAGAAGGUGAACAUUGGCGACACAGGUUGCCGGGCCUUUAUUUUCUUGGGAACUUUCUGCACAACCUAUGCCAACUGGAUUCUUGUUCUCAUGGCAGGGGAAAGACUGAUUGCUGUAAGAUUUCCUUUGAAGAUUCAGAAAUAUUUGGACUACAAGAAAUCCAUCAUUUGGAUAUGUGUUGUCGGGGUCUUACUUUUCGGAGCCUACACUCCGAUUCUUUGGUUCUACAGCUACGAGAGUGGUUCCUGCACGUACCCCCCUGACUCAAUGGAAACGGUCCGGUACCUUCACUGGUCAAACCUCUCCCUCUCCGCAUUCAUACCCUUCGUCUGCAUGUCGCUCUUCAACGUGCUGAUCAUGAGGGUCAUACGGCAAUCUUUCCGGCUGCGGAACGCGCUGAGGAACGUGAACUCUACGCCGUUGACCAGGAGGUCGAGCUGCCACGACGUGUCUACGCAGAGGCAGAUCAUGCUGAUGCUCUUCACUGCCGCCUUCGUCUUCGUGAUCUUUGUCUUCCCGCUCUGUGCCUUGGCCGUGGCCAACGUGUACGUGGAGCACAAGGCAGGCACCCUGAGCUUCGAGCUCAACUACCUGUGCGGCCAGAUCGCCUAUGUCCUUUUCGACUCCACGCAUGCGCUCAACUUCUAUCUCUACUUCCUGAGCGCCAGGAAGUUCCGGCAUCACUUCUUGAGACUCACUUCCUGCAAGUCGGCUAAGGAGAAACCAAUCACCCUAUCAUUGCAGUAUCGAAAUCAGUUCAAUCGCAUGUCUCUUUUAACGGCUGGAAGUACAAGACCUACAGCUGUGUGACCUAAUCAAGACCUAAAGCUGUGUGACCUAAUCAAGAUAUACAACUAUGUGACCCAAUCAAGACCUGCAGCUGUGAGACUUAAUGCACUCAGCUUAUUUAAAUGCAACUUUAGAAACUUUAAAUUGAACUAAAAAAAAUCGCAUGCUAUCCAACGAAAUAAACACUAUCUCUACAAACUUUACAACAGUUCACAGAACUGUCCCUUUUAAUACGACAACUGUAGAAAAGCUAGAUCUAUCUCUGUAAAUGCUACAACAGUUGUGGAACUAGUAGUGCUGUGUAAACACUACAGCUGUGGAGGAACUACAUCUUUCUCUGUAAACACUACAGCUGUGGAGGAACUACAUCUUUCCCUGUAAACACUACAGCUGUGGAGGAACUACAUCUUUCUCUGUAAACACUACAGCUGUGGAGGAACUACAUCUUUCUCUGUAAACACUACAGCUGUGGAGGAACUACAUCUUUCUCUGUAAACACUACAGCUGUGGAGGAACUACAUCUUUCUCUGUAAACACUACAACUGUGGAGGAACUACAUCUUUCUCUGUAAACACUACAGCUGUGGAGGAUGAAUGAAGAUGUGAUUGAUUAUUAUGAAGACAAUGAUCUUGCUGAUUAUAUAAAGCAAUACCAUGACCUUUUUUUUUUCUAUUUUAUCUUUUGGGGAUUCAAACCAACACGUAAACUUAACGUUGCCAUGGACACCGACGAACAAAAUUCAAAGAGCACAUUGACUGUCUACGAACUUAAAACAAACUUUGAUAAAUAUCUCACCAUGCUUCGACGAACUUUGACCAACGUUACCCAGCAGUCCCGCUGAAGUCUCGACGUCACUAGCUUCUUUGUUACUUCAGGCCAGACCAACGGUUAUAGUAGGCCUCAACACUGACCUGUGACGUUGCAAAUUGUGGGCAGUGGAGACCAACAUGUCUUUACCACGUCAUACAAAAAAUAAAGAUAAUUUUAAUGACACACCUUUAUAUUUCUAUUCAUAGUGUGUCACUUGCUGUGUCUCGACUGAAACUCAGCACGAUUUAUGAUAUGUUGCUGUAUCCGUAAAUGCGAUCCUUUGAGUUAGUCCAUAUUUUAUCUCAGUGUUGGGCGUAUUCUUUUGACAUAAUUUUUUCUUGUUCGAUGAUUCCAUCUGUACAAAUGGCGCAUGAAUUUAAAGCUGUAAGACAAGUGUCUAGAACAUGAUACUACUGCGUAGGUCUAUAGCCGUGAAAGCAAAGCCAAUGAAACCAUACAUCAAUGGAAAGAUGAUGUGAAUUCGAUAUACGGAUAAUUGUGUGUGUGUGUUAUUUUGAAUUUUUUUUUUCCAAAAACAAUUCUAGCAAUGAAAUAAUCUCUGUGUACCCUCUUUGCGUUAUAUUCAGAUCAAGAAAUGGACAGAAAGUAUUAGAGUGGAUUUGAAAGUAGUACAUAUUUUUGUUUCUAUCUUGGGAGCUGACACGAUAGUGUGGAUUUGAAAAUUGUAAAUAUUUCCUUUCUAUCUUAAGAGAUGACACGAAUGCAAUUUGGACAUUACCGUGAGUGCCUUUUUUUACAGCAAGAAGAAGACAUUGCAUGUGUGAUGUAUCUUAUAAAAUACAGACGUUACUUCAAAUAAGAAGAUGACUACGUCCUACGCAUCACGCGUCUAGUCAAACAUAUACAUGAUGCAGAUUACAAAUACAACUUAGCACAAGAGGAAAAAAAUAUGUAUUUGUAUUUUGUGUGACCUAGUUUUAAUUCUAUUUUUUCUAAAGUCCUUUUUUUUGUCUUAUUAUUCCCAGAUGUCCUCAUUUGAAAAGUGCAUUCAAUACAGACCGAAAAAAAAAAAAACAAUACAAAAAAAACAACAACUACUUAUACGGGGCACUCCCCUUUAGGUUGGGUAUACUCCUAUGAAGCCUAUUAUUAGAACAUUAAUUAAGGAAAACAUUACAUGAGGGCAUUUAUGUCCAACCCACAUACCGCGGAACAACAGAUGGUGGUUCAGGUGGUUCCUUACUGACCACACAAGAAACAAUCAGCAGACAGAUACUGAACUGACAGAUGUUGCCUUUGUUUGUAUCAGCUAGAAAGAGGAUAAAUAUUGAAAGUUACAAUAGUGCUCAGUAAUAACACAAAGUAUAAGGAACUUUAAAAAAUUCAACACAGUAUGCAAGGAACAUGUGCAAAUCCGACACACAAAAUGUAAGGGACAUGUCUAAAUCCGACACACAAAAUGUAACGAACAUGUCUAAAUCCAACACACAAAAUGUAAGGAAAAUGUCUGAAUCCAACACACAAAAUGUAACGAACAUGUCUAAAUCCGACACACAAAAUGUAAGGAAAAUGUCUAAAUCCAACACACAAAAUGUAAGGAACAUGUCUAAAUCCAACACACAAAAUGUAAGGAACAUGUCUAAAUCCAACACACAAAAUGUAAGGAACAUG